AGAGCCUCGUGUUCAGAGUAAAGCUGGCGGUUGCCAGGAAACCGAUAUGACAGCACCAGCUGUGGCGUUGCAAAUUUGCCUUCUUAACAGAUUCCUGCUCGCUUCUUUAGCAUUUAUUAUUUUCCUCACAGCGACUUGUUGCAGUUAUAUCGACAUUCCGUUGCUUUAAUGUGGGAUUUAAUCUGAUUUUGAGCUCGUAACCGGCGCGUAAACGGUUAAAGAAGGUUCUCCGGUCCAAAACAAAUAUGGCUGUUCUCGUGCGGUGCGGUGCGGUAUGAAGUCUUCAGCUGGAAGUCACGAAUCCCUCCUGAGGUGGCGGUGAGAUGGAGUGAUUCCUUUGAAGAAGUGCAGUUUUCCUGUGUGUGGUUCAGAGCUUGAGAGCUUCUUUCAGGAUGGGCCGCUCCACCAGCCUUCUGCAACAGAUGACCAUAUUUGUCACCGUGGUAACCGGUGGAGGCUGCGGCAUGAUGUACUACCUCAUGCAGAAAAACUUUGCUAAAUCGGAGUUCCAUCGUUUGGCUGUUGAGCAGCUGAAUAGAAACUCCACAGCCAUGGCAAGCCUGGGGGCUCCACCACUGAAGAUCCAUAAUAUCCACUUGACUGAUCGACACAACCGUGUGGACCAUGCCAACGCUCAGCUGAAAAUUCCAGUGACUGGAUCCAAGACAGGGGGCUAUCUGUACACAGCCUCCACCAGAGACACCCUCAUGAACAGAUGGUGUCUCCAGCGAGUGGCUCUGCAGCUCAGGACUGGCGAGAUCAUUGACAUUUUCCCUGAAACCGAAUCUGAAUAGUUUUAUGAAGAUGAAGACCUUGGGUCUUGUGAGAACUACAUGAGCACACACUGAAUCGGUGCCUAUUUUAAUGACUACUGCUGACUUUUUAAAAGGGUCACAGAGUUCAUCUGUGCCACAUAGUGAAAAGGUGCUUUUGCUCGGAAGUGAAAGAAAAAGCAAACGUGUUUCAAAGACAGUAACUGCUCUUAUGUUUUGAUGUCUAUUCCAAUAAAAGCAUCAAGUAACCCUUUGAAAAUCUUCA